UAUGCUUUGAGUCUAUGGUUACUACGCUCCGUAUGACGCAGUGAGUGAUUCGUAUCCUGAGCGUAUUUUGUACGGGACAAAGCCCGUUCACUGCGUUCAAUUCAAUCGCGUAAAAUUUAGCAAGUUUGUCAAGGAACGUCAAACAAAAUGGAUUCGACCGAGCACUCUGGCUACCCCCGAGUAAAAUGUCCGCUUCGGGGACUUUUUAACUAAUUUAUUAACCCUAAACUUAUAAAAAAAUUCAGGUACAUGCAACCAUGGAUCAAAGCAACACACACAAUAAACUGCCUUAAGUUUACGGUAGCUUUUGUACGUAUUAGUGUUAGUGUACGGACAUGCAAGUGUAGUGUGAGUGCAGAAUGUCGGAUGACGAGGACUCCUCACCGGACUGGGCGCUGGUGCCCUCUAACAAUGUGCCAAUCUUGGGCAUCAAACGUCUCAAGCAGAUCGAGACGUUGUUCCUCGCGCGGCGUCUCCAAGGCCACGCCGGGCUCAGUGUGGAGACGCUCCUCGACGUGUUGCUCGUGUUGUACGACGAGUGCUGCGGCAGCAGUCUGAGGAGAGAGAAGGCUGUUGCGGACUUUAUACAAUACGUGAAGCCAGUGGCAACAGCCCUCAAACGGCUGCGGUUAUCGCGCGAUGACUUCGAGCUGGUGAAGGUGAUCGGGCGAGGCGCCUUCGGGGAGGUGUGCGUCGUCAGGGCCUCUUUUAUGCAGGGCACAGAUGCAGGCGCCAACACAGUGCCCGGUGGAACUGUUUCAACUACGACGGGUGAACGGGUGUAUGCCAUGAAGAUACUUAACAAAUGGGAGAUGCUUAAGCGAGCGGAGACGGCUUGUUUUCAAGAGGAACGAGAUGUUUUAGUGUACGGAGACCGACGGUGGAUCACCAACCUGCAUUACGCCUUCCAGGACGAACACAAUUUGUACCUGGUGAUGGACUACUACUGCGGCGGCGAUCUUCUAACCCUGCUAUCCAAGUUCGAAGACCGCCUACCUGAAGACAUGGCCCGUUUCUACAUCGCAGAGAUGGUGCUCGCUGUGCAGAGCGUUCACGAACUCAGAUACGUGCACAGAGACAUCAAGCCAGAUAAUGUCCUGUUAGACGCCAGCGGCCACAUCAGACUCGCCGAUUUCGGCUCCUGCCUUCGACUGGGAGAUGACGGGAAGGUACAAAGCAACGUUGCCGUAGGGACUCCGGAUUACAUAUCGCCAGAGAUUCUUAGGGCGAUGGAGGAUGGUCAAGGUCGCUAUGGUCCUGAAUGUGAUUGGUGGUCACUAGGCGUGUGCAUGUAUGAAAUGCUAUUCGGAGAGACGCCGUUCUACGCGGAAUCUCUCGUGGAGACAUACGGCAAGAUCAUGAACCAUGCUCGUUCUUUUAGCUGCCCACCGCCUCUGGAACACGCUAAACAGGUCUCAGACGAGGCGACGGACUUGAUAAGGAAGCUUAUAUGCGCCGCUGACCAAAGGCUGGGAAAAAACGGCUUGCAAGAUUUCAAGAACCACGGCUGGUUCGCCGGCCUAGAGUGGGAGGCGCUCCGCGAGAUGCAGGCGCCUUUCGUUCCCGACGUGGCAAGCCCUACUGACACCUCCAACUUCGAUGUGGAUGACACGGACAUCAGAUUGUCGGAAGCGGUGCCACCACCGUCAGCGUCGUCGGCGUUCUCGGGCCUGCACCUGCCGUUCGUGGGCUUCACGUUCACGGCGGGGAGUCGCCUCUCCGACCUGGGUGCUCCGGCCACGCCGCUCAGCCCCGCCAAGAACGCUCCCAGCCAGGCUCCGUCUAACGCUGGCGACAGAGCGGCCCUGAAAGCCCUUGAGCGGGAAAACGCACUUCUAGCACAAACCAUCGCCGAGUUAAGAUCUGGUGGACAACCCUUGGACGUUGGGAGUGAGGAAUCAAUAACAUUGAAGGAAGAGCUCGCCGCACUGUCGAAGAGGAACGCGGAGUUGGAAGCGCAAGUGCGGUGCUACGAGCAGCUUAGCGGCGGGGUGGCGCAGGACCCAUCGGCGCCUCAAGAUGCAGUAACGAGGGUUCGCGAACUGGAGGUGAUGGUCACGACCCUCAACCUUGAGAAGGAAGAACUCGUUAAGGACAAAAUGGACUCCACUGAGAAGCUGAGGUUGCAGGAUAAAGAACUGAAGGAUGCCGUGGCGCAGCGGAAGCUAGCGAUGACGGAGUACAACGAAGUGACGGAUCGCCUGUCGGAGUUGCGGCAACAGAAACAAAAAUUGUCGCGACAGGUUCGCGAUAAAGAAGAGGAGCUAGAAGUAGCCAUGCAGAAGAUAGAUGCGCUAAGACAGGAUAUUCGUCGCUCGGACAAGGGCCGGCGAGAGUUAGAAGCACGACUCGACACUGCCAUCUCAGAGGCUACCAAAGAGCGGAAAUUACGCGAAGAAACUCUCCGGUCUGUCCGAGUGGAGGCGGGCGGUGGCGCUGCCGGCCCGCCCGGCUCCGCGGCGGCCGACGUGGCGCGCCUGCAGGCCGAGGUGGACGCGCUGGAGUUACAAUAUAAGGAAUCCCUCGCGCAACAACAACAACGGUACAACGCGGAGCUCGCGUCGCUUAGAGAACAACUGCACGAAGUAGAUGCCGUUAGGAGCGUGCUCAACAGAGAGUUACAAACAUCUAAGGACAAACUGGAGAGCCGGCGGUUAGAGCAGAUGACCGACAGCGAGGACAGGCAGAUGCUGAUCAACGAGAACCGGAAACUCGCCAAGGAUCUGGACGCGAUGGCAGAAAACGGUCGCCGGUGGCAGGCGGAGAGAAGGCAGUUAGAGCUGGAGCUAGAGGAGCUCCGAGCCAAGCGAGACACCAUGCAGCACUGGGAGACUCAGAUAGCGGACAUUAUUCGAUGGGUGGCAGAUGAGAAGGAGGCGCGGGGAUACCUGCAAGCGUUGGCUACUAAGAUGACUGAAGAAUUGGAGUAUCUUAAGAUUGCAUCCGCCACGCGCGGCGGCGUCGCGGCGCCCGCCUCCCCGCCCGCCGCGCCCGGCGCCGGCGGCUGGCGCAACCGCCGCUCGCAGAAACUCGACAAGAUGGAGAUCCUCACCCUGCAGUCCAGCCUGCACUCCGAGAUACAGGCCAAGCAGCAGGUCGGCGAGGAGCUCAGCAGGACCAGAGCCGAGCUGCUGCAUAGCCAGAGGGAGCUGCUAGAAACCCGGCAGCGGCUAGACGCGCUCGCGCACGACAUGAAGCGUAAGGAGCAGCACAUACGCGAGAUGCAGACGCGGCUCGACGCGCCGCACCAGCCCAACAAUUCCUUUUUGGAUCGGCCGCCGUCGCAGCUGAGCUACCUCGACCAGUUCCUGAAGGAGGCGCCGACGGAACGGCACUAUGAUAAUGUGCCGGUCAACAAUGAUGAGAAGAUGUCGCCGCAGUACCGAUACGGAAACGUACAGCAUUGUUGCAGUACGCAGAUGAUGUACGGCUCCCAGCAAUCGGCAGCGUUAAGCGGCUCCGUCGAGUCCCAAGACGAGAUGGAAGCGCGCGCCGCCACGCCGGCCUCCAGCAAGAGCUCGCCCAGCGAGAUGUCCACGGAUCCUUCAUUAGGCCCCGUGGUGCCGGGCAAGCAGAAACUCCAUCAGUUCCUAGUGCGGACGUUUAGCAGUCCCACCAAGUGCAACCACUGCACGUCACUCAUGAUCGGUCUAACCCGGCAAGGCGUCGUGUGCGAGACGUGCGGGCUGGCGGUGCACACGGCGUGCUGCGCUCGCGUGGCGGCGCGCUGCCCGCUGCCCGCCGCGCGCUCGCGCCGCCCGCUCGGCAUCGACCCCGCCCGGGGACAGGGCACCGCCUACGAGGGCUACGUCAAGGUACCAAAGCCGGGAGGCGUGAAGAAAGGCUGGAUGAGACAGUUUGUGGUUGUCUGCGAUUUCAAGCUCUUCCUAUAUGAUAUUACGCAAGACAGGAACGCGUUACCUUCAGUAUGCGUAAGCCAAGUACUGGACAUGCGCGACCCCGACUUCAGCGUGGCUUCCGUCAAGGACUCUGACGUCAUACAUGCCAAUAAAAGGGACAUACCGUGUAUAUUUAGGAUAUCAACGUCACAACUGGAAGGAGGCAAGCGAUCUCAUACACUAAUGUUAGCGGAAUCAGAGUCGGAGAAGACGAAAUGGGUCGUCGCGCUAAGUGAACUACAUAGGAUAUUGAAGAGGAACAAUCUGCCUGACAAAUGCGUAUACAGCGCAUGCGUGAUAGUAGACUCCGGCGCAGCAGCGGCGCUUCGCGGCGCGCAAUGUGCUGUCGUGUUAGAAGGCUCAAGAUUCUGCGUCGGCGGAGACGGCGGCUUAGCGUUAGUCGACUUAGAAAGGGGAGAGAUUACACCAAGAAGGCAACAUGCUCCAGUCGCCCAGGCGGCCUAUGUUCCUGAGGAGCAGCUGCUUGUUGUAAUAGCGGGUCGGGGUCGGCACGUGCGACUAGUCCCAGUACGGGCCCUAGAAUGUUCUGAGGUGGAGUGCGUCAAGCUAGCGGAGUCCAAGGGCUGUGUGCUGCUCGCGGCGGGUCAGCUCAAGACCAACACGUAUGGGUUCGCCGUCGUGUGCAAACGACAGAACGCGUACAUAGUGAACGUGUACGAGAUAACCCGCACGGCCCUGCGGCGCUGCCGCAUCGCGGAGCUGCGCGCGCCGGGCGCCGUGCACUCGGUGCAGCUGGUGCGCGGCCGGCUGCUGCUCGGGUACCGCGGCGGCUUCGCGGCGCACCAGCUGCCCGACCCGCGCCGCCCCGACCUAGACCAGCCCGCCGUCUCUCUAGUCCACCCCGAGAACCAAGUGAACCUGUUCCUGUCUCACUCUGGCGCGCGGCCGCUCGGCGCCGCCUGCGUCCCGAAUAGCGCCGACACUUUACUAGUGUUCAACUCGUUGGCGUUGUAUGUUGACCGUUGUGGACAUCGCGCCAGAGAUACUGAGCUCAUGUAUACACAGCAGCCCAGUCAUCAUGCGAUCAACGAAACGCAUCUACUGAUAUUCACGACGACGCAUAUCGAUAUAUACGACAUCGAGAGUGGCGAGUGGGUACAGACUAUCAAUAUUCCGAACGCGCGACCGUUAGACGAGCAGGGCUGGCUGUGCUGCGUGUCGGGCGGCGCCAGCAACGGGUUCCCCUUCGCCAGCGACGCCGCCCCAUUCAUCAUCUACCUGCGCCCGCUAAUGACGCAGGGUCCCCUGAACGUUGAUCACGCGGCGCUAUGGGGCUCGACCAAACGGAGAUUCUCUGUGCGGGAACAAUCACACCAAGCUAUCGAAGCGCAUAACAGAUUAUCGGAGCGACGUUCGCGCCUGAUCUCAGCACCCACAAACUUUGCGCACCUGUCGCAUAUGGGCCCCGGCGACGGCAUCCGCUCGCAACGUCUACUCGACUUGCCCACCACUGUGGAGACCGCCGACGACCACCAGCAGAUGUACAGCAGUCGAGAGAGCAGUAAACGGACGUCACCGCUCACGAUAUCGCACGGCACGGGCUCUUACAACGGCUCGUGGCGCGGCGCGGGCCGCUCGGGCCCGCCGGCCGACGCGCCGCCGUCGCCGCCGCUCUCGCACCGCCCCAUGGAGAGAUCAAUAGGCGGCGGCUCGCAGGGCAGCGGAUCAUUACUACUAGAGCGCUCCAUAACGCCGCUCAGCCUCGGCAGUAUGAGCUCUCUGCACGAUGUACUUAAGGUGGGCACGGACAUGGGCGACGCGCUCCACUCCGAGGACAGCAGCUGCGGGGCCUCGCCGCCGCACCCCGCCGACCCCUGAUCAAACGAACUGAACGCGUAUUGGUCGCUCGACGUGUCCCGGUUCUACGCGUGCUUCUGCUAGCGACGCACCAAAUUGAGGCUACACACUGACGCCACACAUUUGCCGUGGGCGCUGUUCUCGAGCAGUGGUGUGAAGUGAUCAUUUACGUAUGUAACCUGAACUGUGUUGAUACUCAAUGUUUAAGUUUUAAUAUUUAAUUUUAAAUAGGACAAAAUGAUGAUAACAGUGUUUAGAAACACUCACCUGUACAGUCCGCAGCAGAAGUUGCUAAGCGGGCGAGGUGUUUGAUAUUACCUUAACACGACCUUAUUUUACAUAAAUAUUUUAAAACCCACACUUCACACCACUCACUCUCUUUUCUACGUAGCAGUCCGUCAAACUCAUGCUAAAUUCGUCCUUAGCCCGUUUACUAUAAGGCAUGUUCUCGUUUGCGCGGACUGCGAUCACAUUUAUUUUGAGGCUCUGGGCUCCGCGAAAAUCGAAGUCCGUCAAUUUCGAGCAACUAUCUCUGUCACUCUAAUUACGCCUUAAUUGGAGUAAGAGAGAAAGAGUUCGCGGUAGGCCCUCUGACCCACCUACUGCUCGAUGCUCGAGUCUCAAUGGAUUUUUAGUUAGGUUCUAAUUUUUUUUUGAAACGCGGUAUAUAUUGAACAAGUGACGAAUACAUGUAUGUUUAAGUAUGUAUAACCCUGAAUACGCCUAAUGGUCUAAAUUGCAAUCUCAAAAAAAUUAUACCUUUUUUAAAACAUGUUUUAUGGCAAUUUGUAAUUAUUUAAGACUCAAAGAAUACUCACUAAUUAGUAAACGUUAUUACUAAAUUAUGA